AUGGCCACCAAGAACCAUGGGAGAUUUGGGAUGCCUUUGGAGGGAUUGACAACGAGAACUUAUUCUUCUUUACCAAUCUCGAAGAUGAGCCCAACAACAUCUCGAACUAAUCACCAAGUUGGAUCAUCCGGUGGUACAUGGCAUGAUGAAGGACGAUACAAGCGGAGUGGGUGGCUUGGAAUUCAGUGGGUUGUCAAGACAUUCAACUACAAGAAUCCCAAAUCCAAGGCUCGGAAUGGUGCUUGGAUGAUGCACGAAUACGACCUUGUUGCUAAUGAUAUUGUCGGCACUCCUACCGUAACCGUUGUUUGCCGUUUAAGGAAGAAGCAACCCGGGAGGAAGAGGCGAUUGGAUGAUGAAGAAGAAAGUGAUGAUGAUAUGGAUAAAAAUUGCAAGCGCUCCACGUGUGAUCGAGUAGCAAUGUCAACCACAACUGUUUCGUGA